GCCAAGAUGUCAAACCAAUUGUUGAAGGUUUAUUGCAAUCACAUCGGACUCAUGAGUCUUCGAUAAAAUUACCUUUAUCUCUCAAACAUCGUUUAUAUCUAUGUCAAUUAUUACAUUUGGUAUUUGAUCGAUCAUCCAUAUCAUUGACUACCUCACUUCCGAUAAGGUCCACGCGUGCUCCGUAUCAAAAUUCUUCUACAAAUUCUGCUUACCCACAAAAUAGGAAAUUCAACCAAACUUACUUGUAA